AUGGCAAAAGCCUUCAACCCCUUCGAGGUCACGCCCGUCCACAUCGCCUACGUCGGCCUCGGACUCUUCAUCUGCAUCUUCUCCUACCUCUCCCUCUUCAUCAAGGAGCGCCUCUACCUCGGCGAGGCUCCCAUCGCUGCCGCCUUUGGCAUCAUCGUCGGCCCCGUCGCCAUCGGCCUCUUCAACCCGGCAGCAUGGGGCAGCGAGGAUGGCGUCACCCCGGGCGGCCCCACCACCGACGACAUCACCCUCGAAAUCAUGCGCGUCACCAUCGCCCUCUCCGUCUUUGCCAUCGGCGUCGAGUUGCCCAAAAAGUACCUCCUCCGCCACUGGAAGUCCAUCGCCAUCCUCCUCGGCCCCGUCAUGGCGUGGGGCUGGCUCAUCACCGCCUGCUUCAUCUAUGCCCUCAUCCCGGGCCUCGACUUUCUCAACUCGCUCGUCGUCGCCGCCUGCGUCUCCCCCACCGACCCCAUCUUGGCCCAGGCCGUCGUCGGUGGUCCCUGGGCCGAGAAGCACGUCCCCGCCCACGUCCGUCACAUGCUCAUGUGCGAGUCCGGCUGCAAUGACGGCGCCGCCUUCCCCUUCCUUUACCUCGCUCUCUACCUCACCCAGAACCGCGACAACCCAAAACACGCCAUAGCAGAGUGGUUCUACGAGACUUGGGCGUACGAGAUCAUCCUCGGCACCAUCCUCGGCGCCCUGAUCGGCUACCUCGCGCGCAAGUUCAUGCGUUUCUCCGAGCGCAACAAACUCAUCGAUCGAGAGUCCUUCGUCGCCCAGUACAUCUCGCUCGCCAUCGCCAGUAUGGGCGUCAAUGUGCUGCUCGGCUCCGACGACCUGCUUGCCGCGUUUGCUUGCGGUACCGCCUUCGCCUGGGACGGUUGGUUCACAAAGCAGACCGAGGACUCCAACUUCUCCAACAUCGUCGAUCUGCUCUUCAACAUCGCCACUUUCAUCUACAUCGGCGCCCUCAUUCCCUGGCACGACUUUGUCGACGGCACCAUCGGCCUCUCCAUCUGGCGCCUCAUCGUCCUUACCAUUUGCGUCCUCCUCACAAAGCGCAUCCCCAUCAUCCUCGCCCUCUGGAAGUUCAUCCCAGACAUCAAGACCUUCCGCGAGGCCAUCUUCUGCGGCCACUUUGGGCCCAUGGGCGUCGGUGCCAUCUUCAUCGCCACCCUCGGUCGCACGCUGAUGCCCGAGGAGGUUCCCGAGCCACCUGAAUCCACGAACGACGUGCUCGCGCUCACCAUCCAACCCAUCGUCUACUUCUUCGUCCUCUGCUCCAUCCUCGUGCACGGCUUCACCAUCCCCUUCUUCGCCUUCGGCAAGAAUGCACGCAAGCGCGCCCACACCCUCACGCGAACGUGGAGUCGCAACCCGUCCAUGCGGGACGACGAGCCAUCGUGGAUGAGCCGUGUUCGUCGCGUCAGGUCCGGCGAGGAUAUCAUCAUCAACCACGACGACAUCAGCGCCGACAAGAUGUCCGCACAGCAGCUCGCCAUGAUCGGCCGCGGCGCCAUCGGCGGCUACCGUGAAGACGAACUGCGACGCGAGAGCAGCAACGACGAGAACUCGGCAACCGCCGCUGGAGGCUCCUCGAGCGAUAGCCAAGAUGCCGAGCCGCCGUUUGUCGGGCUCCUCAACGCUCGCACCGAGCGCGACCUCGAAAAGGCCGAAGGUCUCGGCUCCGAGUACAACGAGAAGCUCGCCGACGACGAAGCAGACGAAAGCAGCAGCGGUGCCACCAGACGGCACCUCUGCAAGGACAUUGACGGCAUCGAAGACUGGGAGGGCAGCGACGAAGAAGCGUGUCCAGCCGCCGACUAUCUUGGCGACGAUUGCAUCGAGAUGCGCAGGUAUCGGGAGCGCGUGCAGGCCAAGAAGGAGGAGAAGCUUGCACGUCAACGCAGCCAGAGGCAGAGCGCCGAAGAGGCGGAAAGGGUCCGCGCUUCGCAAGAAGAGCAAGAUCUCGGCGAAGCACCGAUGGACCGAGACAUCAUCUGCGGCCGCAUCGGGCCCGAGGACGAGGACGAAGCUUGUCGCAAAGAUCGCGAAGGGCAGGCUCAUUCGCACCACGACUCGAAGCGACGAAGCACCGACUCUGCAGCCGCCAAAGACGACGACGACGACACUUGGCCCAAGGUCCGCAGCUGGGUCGAGGGCCACAAGCUCGUGCUCGAGUACCAGAAGAGCUACUCGGACGAUCCCGACGUGCAAGUCAUCCCGCUCACGGACGCCGAGCGCUCUGCCCUCGAGGCGUCCGACACGCCCGCGCAAGACUGGGUGCGUGCGAACCACGACGAGCUGGCGUGCUUCCUGGGCGACAACAAUCACGCAUCCUGGAACGCUUCCGAGGCCAUCUCGAGGCUGCUGGAGAACAAGGUGCCCAAUUGGUGGCCCACCAAGAACAAGAAGCACUACGUCAAGGCUGAGGUGCCCAAGGAAGAGACGGCGGCGGAGCGCGACGAGCGCGUCAACCUCAUGUACGGCGCCAUGACGUGGGCGCAGGGCCACCGUGAGCACCAGGACGACCUGCCGCUCCGCUCCUCGCGCAGACAGACAUCCAUCUCUCCAGCACGCUACGCGGACACCGAUAUUCACCACACACCUGCUGUGGUCAGAACGCUGCACGACGAUGGGCAUGGAGGUCGUCCGAUCGGUCCCGAGGACUCGUCUGUUCCUCCCGGCAGCACCAGUGCGCAGGACAGCGAGGUAGAACGGUCUGCUAGUGGUGGUUCAGGCCCAGGCGGCCGGCCAUCUCAUUCCAGCAGGCGGGUCAGUGCUGCGAGACGCGGCAACCUGCGCAAGAAGGUGCUGUGCGGCCAGAUCGGCCUGUCCGGCAGGCGCCGGUCGACGAGCUCACAGCCGGAGCUGGAAGAGGACGACGAGGAGUCCGAGAUUCUCGAUGACGAAGGCGGCAGCGGUCCAACGGCCGAGUCCGAGUCUGUAGCGGACAGCUCGCGCUCCACGCCAUCGGCAGGUGCAGGAUACACGACGCCGCGCGUGAUGAUCUCGGAGCCUGCAUCGCCGCAGCCGACGCGCGAGAAAGACGCGCACCGCAUGAGCCCCGCGUCGAGCUUCCUGGGGCUGGGCAAGGGCAAGAGCAAGAGCAAGGGCCGGGGCGACGACAAGUUCUUUCCGCGCUCCUCGUCUGCGGGUGCCGGUCUUGCGGCUCCGUACCGGUCGUCGCCCGGGGCGAGCAUCAGCAGCAGUCCGAUCCUCAAAGCGACGGCUCCCGGUUCGAGGCUGGGAUCGAGUGGGCGUGAUGCUGAGCACGCGCAUUCGCGAAGUUCGUCGGUGCAGUGGCUGGAUAUAGCCGACCGCACGCACGAUCACCACGCCGGCGCACGGGAGCCGAUCAACAAGGCAGGUGCCGACGCAUUUGCGCAGCGAUCCAAGACAUAUUCCGGCUCGUCGGGUCGAGAACUGACGCGCGAUGCGCGCGUGUACAAUCUGGACAGCGACGACGAGGACGCGAGUAGUGACGACGAGAAGCGGCACGGCGGGUUGGGUAUCCGCGAUGGUAUGAACCGCAUCGGUGCGUUCUUUUCGAACUUCACUGCGCCCAAGGGCGAGGGGAUGGGCAAUCCGGGCCCCACGUCGCAUCCGCACCUCUUCCCGACACGAUCGCGCGACGAUGCGGGGGGGAGGGAAGAGAGGAGGUCGCCGGUGGCAAGUCGGUCGCUGAGAAGGCAGGUGACGAAUGACGAGCUGGAUGCGUUGGCACUCCCGCCCGCCGAGGCGCCUGCGGAGUUGGGACCACCGAGGAGAAGCGCCACGGGCGCGAGUGCGGGUAGUCGCGGGUCGACACGAUCGGGUGCAGAGGGUGCCACUCCACGCGUGCUGCUGGAUCUGCCCAACGACGACGGGCCGCCCGUCUCACCGGGCUCACCUGCGCACAAGUAG